UGCUGCUUCAAUAACGGCUUUGCGGUCUCGCCCUCCAGUUGUCGCCUCCCUCCCAAUUCUUCAGCCCCUUCGGAUUCCGGCCUGAGCUGCGCGCCCCCUCCACAGGCAAGGCUAGCCACCAAGCAGCGCCGGAGAUGUCGGCUCUGCCUUGUCCUGGCCGCUGCCUCGCACUCGCCUCGCGCUGAGAGGGACCAACAAUCUCGUCACCAUGCCCGACGGCUUCAGCAACAUCCGCGUCUUCGUCCACUGGCGCGACCAGACCGUCUUCGCGGGCGAGGCGGUCCAAUGCACCGUCACCUUCCGAAACAUCGCCCCCGAGGCGAACCAAUCGCCGGCACAGGCAAACGGCCAGCAGCAGUCGCCGUCCGAGAGACAGAGGCUCGCCUCGCCGCUGCAACCUCGCGGCAAGGCGGCUGCCGCGUCGGCUCGAGGGCAUAGGCGAGCGGCUCUGUCGUUGAGCGUGCCGUCGCCCAGCUCGAGGAGUCGGCAGGGCUCGAUUCAAUGGCCUCAGCCCGUCAUUCCCGGCGAGGGCCGGCCUGGUCAUGCCCACAAGCGAUCCGUGUCUAUAGUGUCCAUCGGAUCAACCACCAGCACCAUUGAGGAGCAUACACAUUCGCCGCGAGUAGACCAUUCUCCACGAACGCCACGGCACUCUCAUAAUCGCGCAAGCAGUCUGCAAAUUUCAUCGCGGGGACCGCCUACAGUUCCCUCGACCCCCCAAUCAGGCUCCUUCUCUCAAAGAGGAAUAUCCUCUCCCCUCUUUAAUGCUUCAUAUCCCCCCGACAGAUUUGGCCGACUUCCUACUGGUUCAAAGAGUCCCCAAUCGUCAAAUGUAUCUGUGCAGCGCAGGUCAUCCAAGGCCUUGUCGAACCCCAUGCCCAUGCCUGAAUUUCGAUUCCCCGCUGCACCCCCACCAGAAUCAGAAACGGCCCCGAAUCCGCGAAAGGCAUCAGGAAAUGGUCUUUUAAGUCCAAGAACGGGACCGGUUGACGGCCCUAUCCCUGUGCGUCCAAAAGAACAGUCCCCCGUGACAGAUAAACCUCUCCUUCCCACGGCUCGCAUACUCUCCAGCACAAGCAUGGGCGGAGGAACACCCCGAAGCAGUGGUGAAUUCUACUCUAUAAGCAACAAUUCAUCCGAGACCCUGGCAUCAGAAUACGUAGGACAGCCUCUGCUCCGAGGUCCUGGGAGACCAUCGAAUCCACGCCGAGGGUCCUCUUUCUCUAUCCCCCAAUCGAAGACCGAGUCGUUGAUGAUGGGUUUUGCUCAAAUACAAGGCUCUUUCUCUCUGGACGGUUCUCUAAUUAGCCUUGCACCGUUUGAACAGGUCAAGAAAAAGGCUGUUGUUGGCGGUAGAGGUGGCGGGGUGGUCGGACUAGAAUCUGGUCGACGGGAGAAUGGCCUUUUGCGGGGAUUUGGCUGGGGCAGCAUUAGCAAUUCUCUCGGCGACUUCCUUGGAGGCGGAGAGCUAAGCACCAUCAAAGAGAUGCGUGGUGUCGCAAACUCCAAGGCCGUUCCAUUGCUGAGCACUCCGCAGUCGAUUCUCUUCGUCGACCUACAAUUGGCCCCUGGGGAGAGCCGCUCGUUCGAGUACACAUUCAAACUCCCCAGAGGGCUACCUCCUACACAUAAAGGAAAAGCUAUUAAAAUUUCAUACAGUCUAGUUAUCGGCACUCAAAGACCAGGGGGUGCUAGAGAACAACAUGUUCGGACUGUCGAGGUCCCGUUUCGUGUCCUGGGAAGCGUUAAUAAUUACGGCGAGAUUCUUGGACACGACCUCAUGAACCCAUACAUCCUACUACGGGAUGAAGCUCUAGUCAAAAUGGUUGGGAAGCAGCAGAAAGUUCAUAGACCACGAGAACAAUCCAGGCCGACUGCCGCCAUGAGCGACUUUUUAUCAUAUGUAGACGACCUGCUUGACCGACCAGCAGAUAAGGCAGGAGCGACGUUAUUGUCCCCGACGGCCACACCAGAUCUAAGGCGGAUAUCAACAUCCAGCUUCGAUGAUGCCACCCCAGCCAAGGAGGCAAUCCGCCUUGCCAUCAUGAAAAGCAAUUUGACAAAUGGACAACAGAGCGCUAAUCGGUUUGAGAUUGCGCGAAACGGGCAAAGGGUCGGCGUGGUUAUGCUUACCCGGCCUGCUUACCGUUUGGGAGAGGUCGUAACGAUGAUUAUCGAUUUUGCGGAUGCUGAUAUACCUUGCUACGCAGUUCAUGCAACCUUAGAAACAUCAGAAAAGAUAGAUUCGUCGCUGGCUGUACGAUCCGAAUCGAGCGUUCACAGGGUUACAAGGAAAGUGCACGUUGCCACUUCAGAAUCUACGCUAUUCACUCGACGGAUUGUAUUCACCCCUACGAUACCCAUCUCUGCUACUCCCGAAUUCGUCACCAGCGGGAUCAGCUUCGAAUGGAAGAUCCGGGUGGAGUUUGUUGUGCCAUCACAAGGACACGAUGCCCUGAGAGGACAGCAAACGCCAUUUCCUUUACUCGAGCAGAUUUCGAGAGACGACAAGGGAGGCCUGGUUCUCGUGGCCGUUGAGAACCUGGCGUGCGAGAGCUUUGACGUGCCGGUGCCUCUACGAGUGUACGGGGCUGUUGGGACUGGACUGGAGCGCCUGGAACGAGAUGAGGCGUCUGAGGAAGGGCUUGUGGUGUGAAAGAGGGGGGAGAUUGUGUGGUAAAUAGUAGUUGAUGAGUCUGUUUUUGAACGUGGGCCUCUUGAAAUGUAAAAUAUUGAUAUGAUUGGAAUACACCGAGACUUGUGUGCCGUAUGAGCUGCUUGAUUGUGAAAUACUGGACCUUGUGAUAUACCCGCUGGCAGAAACUAGAGUUCAAAUUCC